AUGACGCAGACUCGCCGACACAUUCUCGUCGUCGGCUCUGUAGGAGCUGACAUCGUGGUGGAGGUCGACCGUAUGCCAGCACGUGGUGAGACGGUAUCUGCUAGCAAGUCGGACACGGGUAACGUUUAUCCUGGCGGCAAGGGCGACAACCAAGCUGCUACGAUCGCCAAGCUCAUCGGAGCGGACCACCCCACGCUGACGGCCAAGAUGGCUUGCCAUGGCGCCAACUCCGCGUGGUCCAACGAGCUCCCCACCGGUCUGACCGACGCUAUCAAGACCACCGCCUUUGUGCUUGUCCAGUGUGAAAUCCCCGUGCGUGUGAACGCUCUGGUCGCGAAGGCUGCAGCGGAGACCCACGUGCCUGUCAUGUGGGACACUGGAGGCGACGACUACCCGAUUCCGGCGGAUGUCCUUCCACUGCUGACCUUCGUGUGUCCGAACGAAACGGAGCUGGCGCGGCUAACGACGCGUGAGGUGAACGACAUCGACGACGCGAUUGAAGCUGCUCGGUUCCUGCAGGAACAGGGUGCGAAGGAUGUUCUCGUCACUCUCGGCGCGGAUGGAUCGGUGUAUGUUCCCGUUGACGGCACGGAAGUUGUGCGCCAAAGAACCUUCAAGGUCGACAACGUGGUGGAUACCACUGGAGCAGGAGACUGCUACCGUGGUGCCUUUGCUGUUGCGUUCGCUGAAGGCCGCUCGAUCCAGGAUUGCAUGGUCCGAGCCUCUGCUGCGAGUGCUUUGUGUGUCCAGCGUCCUGGAGCGCUACCGAGUCUGCCAUCAGGCGACGAAGUCGUGGACUUCCUGAAGGCUAACGGACUGUAACGCGAUGAAUGCCCACAAAAUGCACAACCU